AAGGUUUAUGAGGCAAGGCACCAGUAAUUAAUAACAAGCUAGCUAUUAGUUCGAUUUUGUAGUAAGUGAGGUGCCAAUAUGGUGAAGAUAGCUCUUGGUACUUUGGAUGACUCUUUUAGCGCUGCCUCUCUUAAGGCUUAUUUCGCAGAGUUCCACGCAACUCUGAUUUUCGUGUUCGCUGGUGUUGGAUCAGCCAUCGCUUACAACGAGCUUACAAAAGAUGCAGCCUUGGAUCCAACGGGGCUGGUGGCAGUAGCUGUGGCACAUGCAUUUGCACUGUUUGUAGGUGUCUCCGUCGCCGCCAACAUCUCAGGUGGCCAUUUGAACCCAGCUGUCACUUUUGGAUUGGCCAUUGGAGGCAACAUCACUCUCAUUACUGGUUUCUUAUACUGGAUUGCCCAAUUGUUGGGUUCUAUAGUCGCAUGCCUCCUCCUCAAUUUGAUCACCGCUAAGAGCAUUCCAAGCCACUCGCCGGCUAAUGGUGUGAACGAUUUGCAAGCUGUAGUGUUUGAGAUUGUUAUCACAUUUGGGUUGGUUUACACUGUGUAUGCAACUGCAGUAGACCCAAAGAAGGGGUCAUUGGGUAUCAUUGCACCCAUUGCUAUUGGGUUCGUUGUGGGUGCCAACAUCUUAGCAGCAGGCCCAUUCAGCGGCGGUUCAAUGAACCCAGCUCGCUCAUUCGGCCCAGCUGUGGUCAGUGGAGACUUGGCUGCUAACUGGAUCUACUGGGUUGGCCCAUUGAUUGGAGGAGGUUUGGCUGGCUUGAUUUAUGGAGACGUCUUCAUUGGUUCCUAUGCCCCUGUCCCAGCCUCUGAAACCUACCCUUGAGCUUCAACUUCACUUGUGUGUUCCUUCAAGUUUCAUCUCUGUUCACCGUUUCAUGUCAUGAGCCUCUUGGCUUCUUGCAUUUUAAACUCUACUUUAUCUAUUAUCCACCGCUUGCAAUAAUUAUGUAAAUUAUAAUUCGAACUUGAUACAUGAAUUGUUGGAAGGUCCCCUUGUUUUUCGGUUUUCGUCCUACCAAUGACAGCGAGCUAGCUAGUGGUUUUUA